UUCACGCGGCCUCUUCUAUCCUAAAACAUGACGGCGAGACCCAGCCAAACCCCCGCGAUUUCAUCUCCUCCAAACCCAACUGCCGCCGGCGCCCGCUCCUUGUCGCCCCCGCCAUGCCGCCGCGCAAGCGCCCGCUGGAACCUUCCCCGGGCACGCCAGCCCAACCGGACGUCAAGCCCGUCAUAUCUCCGGCUUCCAAAUCCACCGACGACCCCGCCUCCGCACCGGAGGUUCAGCCCCCUGCCGCCAUCCUGAACAACCUCAAGGGGCCGGAGCGGGAGGUCUACGAGCGCAUCUUCGCGGCGGGCAACAAGGGCAUGUCGAGCCAGGACCUCCGCUACGCGUUGAAGCUGACUGCCCCAACCCUCAACAAGCUCACCCGCGCCCUCGUCCAGCGGGGUAUCCUCAAGGAGGUCACGGAAGUCCGGCCCCGCGGGAAGAAGGUCUUCACGGACUUCAGCAUGGAGCCCUCUCCCGAGAUCACCGGCGGAACCUGGUACCACAACGGCCAGCUCGACACCGACACCGUGGCGGCCGUGCGCCGCAGGUGCCUCGACCAGAUUGACAGGCUCGGCGCCGCCACCCCGGACAUGGUCCACAAUGUCGUCGAGAGGGAAGACCCCAGCGCAGGGUACGCGAUCGACCAUGUGUCCACAAUGGCGCAAUAAGCCGCGGCGAGGUGUCGAACGAGCCGGGUGCGUGUAUGGGCGCGCGCCGGGCACGUUGGACGCGUCGGGUCCGUGGCGUAGGUGUGCGUGUGUGAGUGCGUGAGCCAGCGCGUGUGCGCGCGGGGCCAUGCUGUGUGUUAUUUGGCGCAGCGGGCGCGGGUGUAGACCACGUCGGGCGCUGGACCUGGUCGCGCGGAUCGCGUGCGUGCGCGGCGGGAGCGCGGGGACGUGGGGGAGUGCGUGAAGGGGGGCGCGUCGGGGGCGCGGUGGGGUGCGCCGAUGGACGCAGAUAUAAACUCCCUCGCACCCGUGUGUUGUAGGCAGUGGAGGUGACGAGUACGAGCUCGGGAACAGGCGUUGUUGCGCCGGGGAAAACCUCACCGUGUCUUCUGUCUGCUCCAUCUUCCUCCUUCCUCCUCGUUUUCAUUGGUGCGAGCCACGGCCGGAGAGAGAGAGAGACCAGUGCAAGGGAGGAGAGGGCUAGGGCUAGGGCUAGCCGGUUCCAACAUUUUGCAGCAGAAUUCUUGCUUUGUAGUAUGAAUUCAGAAAUUGUAUCUGAAUGUUACAUUUUUCUGUUGAUGAAACUUGUAAGCUUGCUUAUGUACUGUAGUCCGAAUUCAGAGGCUGUAACCAUUUAAAAACCACAGCGUGAGCUCCCUUGCAAUGUUUGGUGUAUCUCAAUCAUUGACAACACAGAAAGUCAAAAUUCUCUCCUAA